AGGCUGCGCCGCCAUAUUAUACCCUGCGUCUGGACUUGACCUGUAAAUACUCAUACCAUGUCCGAGCACGAAGAAGCUCAGAGCAUCCAGUCUUCCCAAGCAGAUGUCUGGUAUCUGAAGGAGAUUAUGUUUGGAGUAGGGUCCUCAAGACGGAAUGUCAAGAUCGUUACUCAAAAUUUCAAUGGGCCGUGCUCUUUCAUUGCAAUCUGCAACAUUCUUUUACUCCGUGGUAACAUAGAAAUCCAACCUAAUGACCGUACAAUCGUCUCCUACGAGUUCUUAUCCCAGUUGGUCGGAGAGCAUCUCCUCAUGACUUGCCCCGGGAUUGAUAUCUCUUCCGUACUAUCGAUCAUGCCGACAACUACCAAGGGCCUAGACCUCAACCCGUUGUUCACUGGGGCUACCUCGUUCAGACCUGCAGGAGCUGGUGGUGAACUCAAAAUGUUCGAGCAGGCAGGGAUCAAACUGGUUCACGGUUGGCUUGUAGAUCCCAGUAGCGCAGAGGCCGAGGUACUCGCUGUCGUCCAGGACUAUGACAGUGCAGUCAAUCUCAUCGCGGGUGCCGAUCACACGACCAACGGACGCUUGCUCACCGCAGACACCUUCGAGGAUCCCAGUUCAGCAGGGUCGAGCCAAGCGGGAUCGAGCCAAGCAGGACCCAGUCAAGCAGGGCCUAGCAUCUCGACCGAUCGCUACUCUGAUAGUGAUCGACGGAAAAUCGAACAGGCUAUCGUUAUUCGUACUUUCCUCGAUAAUACGCAGUCGCAAUUGACCUAUUAUGGUCUCUUCCAUUUGGCAUCAAAACUAGAGCCUGGCACUCUCGUUGCACUCUUCCGAAAUUCUCAUCUGUCAGUUUUGUAUAAGCCAGAGGGCGAAGAAGCUUCUCUAUACUCGCUCGUCACCGAUUAUGUCUUUCUCAACGAGCCCUCAGUGGUAUGGGAACGUAUAGAAGAUGUUGAUGGAGGCUGGUCGACGUUUGUUGACUCUGACUUUGUGAAAUCCAGUCCGGCUGGAGGAGAUUUUGCUGGGCACACAGCAGAAAGCGCGCUGCAAGCCUUUGAGUUGGAAAGUGGCCAAUUCUCCGUCGUUGACCCUGCAGAUCGGGCACUGGCUCGACAGCUACAGGCCGAAGAGGACGAAAAGGCACAUCAGUUAUAUUUACAACGCGAAAGGAAACGGGUAGAACGGAUGGAGAAAGAGCAACAACAACAACAACAACAACAACAACAACGGACAAAGCGCCCCGAAGGCGACAAACCAGGCAAGAAAAAUAAAAAAGAUAAAUGCAUUAUUAUGUAGAGUAUCUAUCAGUAUUAGCACCUUUGCAGGACGUACUAGAUAACUAUAGACUGGUGUAUACUGCUUUACGCGCAUUUGCAUUUAUCUGCUAGUUUUGAUUAUUGUACGAAGUCCUCGAUACAGUUGCUGGGCGCUGAUGGUUUAUAGGGAGUGAAAUUUAGUGAAAG